CUGACGGACUCACUGGGCCAUACCGGCAUCCCAGCCCUAAAUACAUUUUAUAGCUGUUUUUACGUCUACGCACGAUGAAACAUUAAACAAAGACGUUUAAGAGAAACGUUAAAUAUUACCGACAUGAUGGUGGAACUUCUUGGUGUCCUUUGAAAGAUAACGACCCUUUUUACGAGUCCACAAAGGUCGACUUCCGACAAUGUUGCUGACAAAGUGUCGCCUGUCCAAAGCGCUGCAGCUCACCCUGGCGGUCAUUAAACCAGAUGCAAUGGCUCAUCCUCUCAUGAUGGAGGCGCUUCACCAAAGCAUCUUGGAUAACAACUUUGUCAUUGUUCGACGCAAAGAUCUGGUGUGGAGAAGAGAAGACUCUGAGAGGUUUUAUGCUGAACAUUCAGGGCGAUUCUUCUAUCAAAGACUUGUUGAGUUCAUGUCAAGUGGUCCCAUGCGCGCGUACAUCUUAGCCAGAGAGGACGCCAUUCGUCACUGGAGGGAACUGAUGGGUCCCACCAAGGUGUUCCAAGCCAGAUACACCUCCCCGGGGUCUCUGCGGGCUCAGUUUGGACUCACGGACACACGAAACACGACUCACGGCUCAGAUUCUACCGAGUCUGCAAGACGAGAAAUUGCUUUAUUCUUCCCAGACUUCCGUGUUGAGGAGUGGAUGGAGAUGGAGGAACCCGGCUUCAGAUCAGGACAGAUACAUUACGACCAUCGCAAACACAUCCACACACUCGCAGCAACGAGCUGACCCCAGAUCUGCUCAUAGGGUGUUAGUUACUGACACAAAGAAAUAAAGACCUUUUUUUUUUUUUUUAAUUGUCAUUAUAAAACACACAAAUCCAGACAGAGCAAAAGACACAGGAGUACAAACAACACAUGAAAUAGUUCACUUCACUGUAAAUAGUGCAAUCUUCAAUGUCGGCAUCCUGAGACAUGUGCCCUUUUAUCAAUACUACCAAGGAUUUAUUUGUGACUUUAGUACACAGUUACAACCUUCCCCACUUAAAAACAAGCCUUUUGAUUGUGCCAUGUCAUGAAAAUCCAUCAAUUGACUUUGUGUUGUGACAGAUUUGACAUCCUGUAAGGUGCGAUACAGCUCUUUUAUCAGAGCUGUCUUUUAGUCACAGUUGACGAAAAACACCGACUGACAAUGGCCUUCGUUCCCUGCUUAAUUGUUAUUUAAGUGUGUCGUUAUUACCCAAAGAAAUACUGAAAGCAUACUUUUUUUUGGCCGAACUACACUUAAAAACUAAAACUGAAGACAAUUGAUACUGUCCAUAUGGGGCAGCUAAGUCGGGGGUGUCCAAACUUUUUCAACUGAGGGCCCCAUACUGAAAAAUCAAAGGAUGCGGGGGCCAAAUUUUAAAUCACCCCAUGUUGAUAUGCAGAGAUGUUUUUUUGUAAUUUUAUAAUUUCUUUAUUUUGAAAAAAGAGCCUGCAUCAGCAUUGUGUUAUCUGUGACAAAGCGUAUUAUUAGUAUGAACUUUUUCUCUUUACAUUGCACUUUUUAGCUAUAUAUAUUGUUUAUUUUUAAGAAGAUUUCCUCUAAAAAAUUUCUUGUAAUAUUACGACUUUAUACUCAUAAUAAUUUGACUUUAUUAUUUCAAUUAUUUUAUUAUUUUUUUGUUUCUGAUAUCACUUUUUAAAAUAAAUUUUUCAGCUUUAUGCUAGUUUUUUUCUUAAUAUUGUGACUUUCUCAAUAUUUAAUCUUUAUUCUUGCAAAAUUACUUCUUUUUUUCUACUUUUGCUUUUUUUUGUUUUUAGUUUUCUUGCUUAAUUGUAUUGAUUGUGUUUUUAGAAAGUGCCGAGGGCCCCGUAAAUGCCCUCCCCUGCCCCCCAGCUGCACUUUGGACACCCCUGAUCUAAGUGAAUACUAAAUAUAGGAAAUUAUAUUAAAUAAAUCUAAGUAUAUUAUUCUGAUUUAUUCUCACAGUAAACAUAGUGCUUGCAGUUUAGAAAACAAUAUUACACUAACACAAACUUUCCAUAGAAAGCACUAUUUUCUGUGGUAAAUACUUCACUCAUUAAUGGUAAGUGAUAAAAUAAUUGUUAAAUAGUUAAAAAGUAUUUUUGCUGUCCAGUGUACAGCAUGUAUCUCCAAAUAUUGCAGUUUCCCCCCCCUCUAAUCAGCAGAUACGAGCUAAUCAUCGGACAGCAACAACGGCAAGGUUCCAGGUGCCCCACAAUAAUGACAUACGGUACCUAGGAGCUGUUUGUUGACGUGAUCGAAUGAAUGACCUAUGCAGCAGCUGUCCACUAGGGGGUGUGCAUGAGUUAUUGGCUUCCCGUUUGGUCAGCACUCACAGUAUCUCCAUCCUAUCGCAUACAGUCAUUGCGUAUAUAAACAUUUUUUGUACAUCUUCUAUGGCCAAAAUACAGUAUAACACAGCAACAAUCCACUAUGAAAAUAUACAUUAUUUAAUAAAUCACAAUGAAUUUGUUCAUAAAUCUGCCUCUCGUCUCGCCAUCCUUGUGCGCUUCCCAGGCCUUGCUAGUUUUUGUCUUCUUUGGUUUCUCCCAACGCGCCCUCAAGUGUUGAGUGUGGCCACCUGCUUUACCGUUUCGGUGGUGGGUUUCAUGACCUCGUAGGUGGUGAGUGACUUCUUGACCUUGCCGUUCUUGUCCACCUGGUGGAUACUCUGCGUCACCGUGAUGGUCACCUGCUUGGUGGACAUGCGGUUGUCGUGCCAUUUGGUCUGGGUUUUUUUUACGUCGGGGGACAAAAGACAGCACCAUGUCAAACUGCAGUAAGAGCGAUUUAGCUUUUUUGUAGCAUCAGCUAGCUAGUUUGCUACUCUUUGGGCUCAGGAGGUAGAGCGGAUCGUCCAGAAACGGGAAGGUUGGUGGUUCAAUCCUCGCUCCCUCCACCCAGUCACUGUUGUUGUGUCCUUGGGCGAGACACUUCACCCACCUUGCCUCCAGUGCUGGUGUGUGAAUGCGAAUGAAUGUUUGCUUGUGGUCGGAGAGGCCGUAGGCGUGAAUUGACAGCCAUGUUUCUGUCAGACUACCCCAGGGCAGCUGAGGCUACAGAUGUAGCUUACCACCACCGGCGUGUGACUGAGGAGUGAAUUAAUAAUGUUUUCACUUCAUUGUGAAGCGCUUUGGGUGCCUUGAAAAGUGCUAUAAAGUCUAAUCCGUAGGAGUGUCACAAGAUCUCGCAACAUUAGUAGCCUCGCCUCCACGUACUGGGACAAAGAGGCUGAAUGGCUGAGGGGAGGGUUCACUCGCUCCGUUCAUUCCACUGUGGCACCAACGGGCACAGGCAGAUGCAGAGUGAACCCUCUUGUCAUCCAGCCUGUGUUGGUAAAGAGAGACGAGGAAAACAAACACACAUGCAUGCACGUGUCAAUUUAUCGAGGCUGGCAAAAUGAUCAACUUUGUUUUUAUUUAUCGUUCGAUUAAUCAAUUAUCGUGACAAGCCUACACACGAUAAAUGAAAAGGAACUGGAUAAUUUUGCCAGCCUCCACAUGUUGCCAUGUGCAUGCAUGUCUGUUCUCCUCGUCGCACGCUAGGAAGAGAGUUCACUCUGUGCAUUGGUUCAGCACCCGGACGCUUCGUAGACCAACAGUGUUCCAUAGAACAACGCAGUGAGACCUCUUGUCAGUCAUACUGUCGUGCUGUCUCUGUGGGAGAAGGCGGAUCCGCUAGUAGGGGUGUCAUAAACGAGACGAGACACAAAAUUGGGCAAACCAGAUGACAUUUUAUCAUUACUUUUAAGAAAAAUCCAAUGAAAAAAUAUUCAAAAUAUAUGACGAUAUAUUGCAAUCUAUUCAUUUAAUUCUGCACUCUGUGUGGACUCCGUUCAUACUGUUGUUCUAGGGAACAAGCGAGUGCUGAAAGCAAUGCACAGAGUGAACCUCUUUCUGCCUAAUUGGAGGCCAAGUGCCCACGAGAACAAGAAAUCUUGUCAAGAGAUCUUGUGACACUCCGAGCCGCUAGCAUUCAAAGGCAAGGGAGCCUCGUGGGGAGAAAUGCAAGUGUGUAAGACACUUCUGCACUGCACCAUGGUCCCGGGGGCUGCCAGCGCCCCCUCCUGGGCUGGAGGGGCCGGCAUCUUCAAGGGGCUCCCGGGCUUCACGUCGCCGAGGCUGGCCUCCGAGACGGCCGAGCAGACUUUGAGGUAAGCCUGAGCGGGAAGCGGCAGGCCGUCAACGUCCUCAAAGAAAUCUGGAACUGUGAUGAAGCCUGGAUUAAUCUAAGGAGCUCUUACGUACAGUAUGUAGAACACCAUCUGAUAGAUGAAAAGGCUGAUCAUGUGUUGCCAUGGUCCUGCUGUUUGAUAUAGCUGCCUUAUUAUUGUGCCCUGUUUAGUCAUUCAGCUGCUUCAGGCCUCAAAGCACAAUACAGGAGAGCCGGCAAUUGGAUACUGGGGGUUCAGGGAAGGCCCUAUUCUUAUAGUUUCUAAGCUCAUCCAAGCAAGAGAGAACGCUGCAAGCAGGGUUCAAACCUGCACGGGAAAAACCCAUUGGAUUUCAAGUCCAACACCUUAACCGCUCAGCCAUCACAGCUUUCAUAGCAAAUUGUUGUUCUCUCAAUCGAGCAGACCGGUGCUCUUACCGGGACUGACCAUCUUCUCGGAGGUGAAGCAGGCCUCAGAGCUCUCUGAGGGGAUGCUCUGGAUGGACGACAGCGGGAUGUCCGCAUCUGUGCUUGUCAACCACAUGGACUCCGUCUCUUUGGUCCAGCUGUCCAGGUAGCGAGGCUCCAGAGCGUCGGUCCUGCUCCCGCCGCAGCCCAUGUCUUUAGCGCCUGUUUCCUCGCUGUCUAACCCUUUGGCACAAGACGCUAUCUAUCAUUAGUCAGCUGGAGAACCCACACGUGACUCCAAAUGUUCAAUAUUUACUUACGAGGUGUCCUCAUGAGACUUUGCUAGCCUUCAAAUGCAGGUUGAGGGUUCCCCAUCACACUUGGCUCAUUUGCAUGCUGGAUACACCUGAGACAACAAUAACAAGUCAUUGGAAAAAUAAUCUUUCUAUGUCGCUUGUCCUCACUAGGGUCGCAGGCUUAAAAAAGUAAUAGGAAAUAAAAAGCUUUAAAAAUAAAAAAAAAAACCACAAAAACAUCAUCUUAAGAAAAAGGCUAUACAAAUGACUUUUUUGUAUCGAAAAAAAGACAAAAAAUACCAUAAAAUACAUUUCAAUGACUUUCUAUUUGUAUUAUUAGUAACCUGGGUUAAUGAUUGGCAGUAACACGCAUUUUUAUGCAUUACUAUUUUUUCUCCAGUGUCAGAUUUAAAACCAAAAUGUCAGCUGCCCAAAAACUGCUUAAAAAAAAAUAAUUUUUCCCACUCUUUUAUAUUUAUUUGAAAUGAUUAUUAUUAUUAUGGGAAACAGUAGUGCCAUCUGGUGGUCAAAUACAACAAAUAAAAAUAGCCGGUAGUCCAUAUUGACGUCGGUAUUAGUUUAUGGUACGAUCACAAGUAGAAUUUACAACGGGAUAUUUUUGGGCAUGAGGAACAAAUAUGUCAAUAAUUAAUCAUAAUAAUAGAUAAUAAAAAGUGUCGGCUUCCCAAAAAUAUUAUAUAUAUGUUCCCUCUUUAUUAUGUAUUUAUAAUGAUUAUUUAGGGGAUAACACUUGAAAGGUGAACUACGAUCAAAAAUGGCAUUGAAAAUGGGACAUUUUUGGUUCAUGAGGAACAAAUGUGUCACUUUUUGUGUAGCGUUGCCAUUUUUUUCAAUUCUAAAAUGUCCUGAAGCUGAAUAUUCUCUGGCAAAUGUCAUCUAUGAUCAUUCAACUCGGCCAUACUGGCUUGAAAAUAAAAUAAAAAACUGAAUUGCACAACAUGUCCCCAUGAUCUCUUAAAGGGUUUGUAGCGGUUUGUAAUAUUUUGCUCGUAGCUAUAUGAGAGUGUCUAAAGAUGCCACCACAAAAACAAGCAUACUGUCCAAUGCCUACCUAUACGCAGUGUCCAAGUGCACCGACACAAAUGAGCAUCUUUUUAGUUGCAGGCAAUGCUGACAAAAGCGCCGUGACAGCGUGACAUCAGUGCACAUAAAACAUUCUUAAUGGUGGCAGGCAACAGCCCCGUUCAUCCCGG